UAUAAAUAACCCAAAACCCUAACAAUUAUCUUCUUCAGCGCAGCUGCCAUUUGCAGAGAAAGCAGAGGAGAGACAAAUCAAUCAAGCAAAAAUGAAGUACAAUCCAAGAGUAUCCUCCUCCCGCCGUAAGAACAGGAAGGCACAUUUUACAGCGCCUUCAAGCGAGCGCCGCAUAUUGAUGAGCGCACCUUUAUCCUCUGAGUUACGUACAAAGUACAACGUAAGAUCUAUGCCGGUAAGGAAAGACGAUGAAGUUCAGGUUGUUCGUGGGACCUACAAAGGCCGUGAAGGGAAAGUCGUUCAAGUUUACCGUAAGAAAUGGGUGAUACACAUUGAGCGUAUCACUAGAGAGAAGGUGAAUGGUUCUACUGUGAAUGUAGGUAUUCAUCCUUCGAAGGUUGUUGUUACGAAGCUGAGGUUGGAUAAAGACAGGAAAUCGUUGUUGGAUCGUAAGGCGAAGGGACGUGCUGCUGCUGAUAAGGAUAAGGGUACUAAAUUUACUGCUGAGGAUAUCAUGCAGACAGUCGAUUGAUUUUUCCGUCCUUUUGUUUGGUAUUUACUAUUUAGUCGCGUAAUGAGAAUUUUCAUAUCAGUACGUUUUGGUUUAAUUAGUAUUUUGUGGAGACAUUGAAUUUUGUUCAAGUUUUUGUUUUUGGGUUAAAGCAUUAAUGAUGAUACUUUGGAAUGCUAAAUUUUGAAGUUAAAUUGUUAUGUUA